AAAUUAAAAUAGAAAGAAGCACACCAAUAAGCUAGAGAUUUCAAUGCAGUCAUCAAGUGUCAGCGACGUGACAAUGUUGAAAAAGUUAGUGAGGGAACGGCUUAUUGAGGCCGCCGACGAAAUCUUCGGACUGUUUGAAAGAACGAUUGCGUCGUACGAGGAGCAGCUUUGCCGUGCGAGAGAGGAGACCGAGCGUCAAAGACAACAACGAAAGGCUGUUUGCGAGACUAAUAUUGUGCUAUGUGCCGAAGAUGUCCAGGUGCUGGCUGCUCAUCAGGAAGAACUCCCCGUUCAGUUGCAACACAGUAGCUCCAAUUCGGAGGAGGAGGAGUCUCUACAGCACUCGCUUGUUAAAGAGGAAGAGCCACAGCCCCAUCAUGUUGUGGAAGAAGAGAAGCAUCAACAGCCCCUCCAUGUUAAGAAGGAAGAGGAGCCAGGUGAUGUCGGCAACUUGCCAAUGAUUCGAUUCUCUACGCAGGGUAAAGACAAUGAAAAUGGACCUUCUCCUGAGUUGCUACAGCUUCAUCCUCACAGUCCAAGUGGUGACCACUCAGGAGGACCACCACCUGGUGACCGCUUAGCUCCAUUGCCAGAUAUUGACGAGACUAAAGAACUCUGUAGAAGCGACGUAACCUCUGCAGGUCACUGGAAGAGAACUUCACAAAUGCGUCCAAAACGUUUCACCUGCUCCGUUUGUGGAAAAACAUUCUCUCAAAAGGCACGCUUUACAGCCCACAGAAGAACACAUGAGCAAGAAAGACGCUUUAGUUGCUCAAUGUGCCAUAAAACAUUCAUUCAAAAGGCAAGCUUGGUAUCACAUAUGAGAAUGCACACUGGAGAAAAGCCCUUCAGUUGUCCAGUUUGCGGAAAAACAUUCACUCGAAAAGACUGCAUGGAAACGCACGUGAGAAUACACACGGGAGAAAAACCUUUUGCUUGCUCAUUUUGUGGUAGGGCAUUCACUCUUAAGCAAAACAUGUUCAGGCACAUGAGAAUGCACACGGGAUAAAAUGAAACCCUUUAGUUGCUCAACUUGUUAUAAAAAACAGGAGACACCCGUUGUUGCUCAUUGUUAAGCAAAUGCUAUCCUCGAGAGAGUCGGUCACAGCAACCCAGAAAUCUUAUGGUCGACAUGAUCAAGGCACUCAAUUGUCGUUCAUGAUAGAGGUAGCGGGGAGAAGCCAUCAUUGAGGAAACUGGAAUCCUACAACAAUACGCAUGCCCCAAGCUACUGCUCUGCAAAGAUUGGGCCAAAAAUGUUUGAUUUACACAAAUCAAAAUUUCCCAUUGAAAUGCUAAUUGUGUUCCAAUAAACUAGCACUAGUUGUGCUACUUUAAAAGUGCCCGGUCUAGUGGUUGACAUCAGGAGUUGGAUUCACCAACAAUAAAAUUACAUUAUAAACUCCACAUGGUAACUUUUUUGCCUCCGUCAAAGCUUUAUGAGAACAGGUAACGGACACAGAUAACGUUUGUAGCAAAACACUGAGGACAUGAUUUUUCUCAGUUUGGCAUUUGUACAUCGGACUUUCAUAUUUCAACUCGCAUUCUAAUGGCAUGUGUGUCAUUUGUUUGAAGGGUUACAAUUACAUAGGCACACCUCCAAUCUGGACUCCAUUGAGCAAGGCAACAGGUGACAAAGGGGAAUUAAAUGCAAAGAAAAAAAUGA